UAUGGAGGCAGAGUAGGCCGAUGGGUCACCACCUUCUCUUCCUAUUUGGAUGCAAUUGCAAAAACCACUCCUCUCUAAAUCUCAUCAAGUCACCAUCUUUAUAUAACAAUCUUUCAACCCUUUUCUGGUUGUAAGUUACUGUUCUUCUUGCCACUUUCUCUCUCUUCCUUCUUUAUCUCUCCUAUGCUGCUUCUGUUCAUAAGUUGUACAGCUUGUCUGUGUUCUUCUGGGUUUAGUGUUUGAUGGAUGUUGAAGCUGAAAAGGUAACAAAAAGUUCGAUUCUGUGUGAUUUUUCUGAACUGGGUUUUUGUUGGCGGUUGGAUUUUUUGUGUACUAAAGGCAAAAGAUUGGAUUUUGAGCUGCUUUCUGAGGUAUUUUUGGUUUAUCAGAUAGUGUGAGUUUUGGGUGUUUUCUGUUUUUUCAUCUUGGGAUCAAAUUUCAUAGCUUUUGGUUUUGAAUUUGGUGUUUUAAUUGGAGAUAGUGGUGAUUGUGUGUAUAGAAAGAACAAAGUUAUGAUUUGUUCAUACAUUUGAGUUAAGUUUGGAUGUUUAGAUUAUGAUCAUGUAAAAUAAUUUGCUGCUGUAAUUUUGUGUAAAUUUGGAUACUGGGAUUGCUUUAUUUGCACAAAAUCUGUGAAAGAUAAGUACUUUUCUUAGUAAGAUUAUCGGAGACAAAUAUAAGAACUAAGUUGCAUGUAAAGUAAGGGUUUUGGUAUAUUUUGCUCAAACGGGGAAAUAUGCAACGGGUUAGAUUGUCCUCCCAGCAGGCGCCGGUACACAAGCUAGGGGAUUCUCAAAUUGCAUUAUCCCCGAAGUUUAGGUUAGCGGUUAUCCAGUCUUCGUUGUUGAAUCCUUCCCCGGCAUUAGAGUUAUCUCUUGAGGAAAACUCCCUCAUUCCUGGCCUUCCUGAUGAUGUUGCACUUAACUGCCUCCUUCGGGUUCCAGUCGAAAGCCACACAGCAGGCAAAGCUGUCUGCAAGCGUUGGCAUCUAUUGUUUGGUAGUAAAGAGCGGUUUUUUACUCGAAGAAAACAAUUAGGCUUCAAAGACCCUUGGCUUUUUGUCUUUGCCUUUCACAAGUGCACUGGAAGGAUUCAGUGGCAGGUUCUUGAUCUCACUAAUUUCUCUUGGCACACUAUCCCUCCCAUGCCCUGCAGAGACAAGGUUUUCCCCCAUGGUUUCAGAUGUGUUUCGAUGCCCCAUGAAGGAACUCUCUUUAUUUGCGGUGGUAUGGUCUCUGAUGUGGAUUGUCCGCUUGACUUGGUCCUGAAAUACGAAGUUCAGAAGAAUCGGUGGACUGUAAUAAAUCAGAUGAUAAGUGCUAGGUCUUUUUUUGCAAGUGGAGUUAUUGAUGGGAAGAUUUAUGUGGCUGGAGGAAACAGUUCAGAUCUUUUUGAGCUUGACUCAGCCGAGGUUUUGGAUCCUGUUAAAGGGAGUUGGCAUCCCAUAGCUAGCAUGGGAGCAAAUAUGGCCUCUUAUGAUGCAGCAGUUCUCAACGGAAAGCUUCUUGUUACAGAAGGCUGGUUGUGGCCUUUCUUUGUCUCUCCUAGGGGUCAGGUUUAUGACCCGAGAGCCAAUAAUUGGGAGAGCAUGGCUGUUGGACUGAGAGAAGGCUGGACAGGUUCGAGUGUGGUGAUUUAUGGCCAUUUGUUUGUGGUCUCGGAGCUUGAAAGGAUGAAGCUUAAGGUUUAUGAUGCGGAUACAGAUUCUUGGGAACCAAUAGAAGGACCCCCUUUGCCAGAGCAGAUCUGUAAACCCUUUGCUGUUAAUGCCUGUGAUUGCAUGAUAUAUGUUGUGGGUAGGAACCUUCAUGUUGCUGUCGGUCAAAUCUCAAGGGUUAGCCAUAAGGGAACUUGCGAGAAGAAGUGGAGCUUUGGUGUUCGAUGGAAUGUGGUUGAUGCGCCAGAUUGUUUCUCUGACUUAACGCCCUCAAGUUCACAGGUCCUGUUUGCUUAGCUGGUCAAUCUCUCGUGUCAUGUUCUGCCACUUUGUAUGUCCUUGAAUAAGUUCUGGUUAAAUAGAAUACCUAAGCUAUAUAAAGCGCAUGGACGUGUGUAAAAUGGCUUUGUGUUAUUGGAAUGUAUUCAAGUAUAUGGUUGUUUUUCCUCUGUUUAUAUGGUUGUUAAUCUUUUGUGUUCUCUUCCUUUCUUUACUUGAUUUCUCAUUGUGUGUUGCGUAUA